UAGGAAACUGGGCGCAACCGAGGGAGAGAGAGUGAGUGCAGGGCAAAGAGUGAGGGAGGAGAGCGAGAGAGAGACAGAGAGAGGGAAGGAAAAAACUGCAUACAGUCUAGAUUAGCAUUCAAGAGAUUGUUGGCCACUGAAUACACUGAGUAUUUCUUUCUCUCUUUCUUUCUUCCCCAUAUUUCUCUCAUUGCAAGCACCAGUUACAGACUCUACUCUUACCCUCCAGCUCCUCUCCUCCGCCAUGACCCGCCCCUCCACCAUCUCACUGGGACUUCUGCUCCUCCUCAUUGGCUACACAGCAGCAGGACCUGAGUCUGAGCUCCAACCCAGAGCUGUUCGGUCAAGUGCCUGUCAGGACCACAGUGCUCUUCAUGACAGACUGGAUGUAGUGGAGAAGCAUGUAGAGGACACAGUCCAGAAGCUGGAGGCUGAGCUGUCUGUGCUGCUGGAUGCCAUAGAGGCCCCUGAGUGGAGCCCCCGGCUGGACACUGCUGGAAAACAUGUGGUGGACAUCCUGGAUGGCCAGGGACUGGGAGAGGGGGGGGACUCCUGAGAGAGGACGAGAAGAGCGGAGAUCUCUGUUGGGCGGCUAUGCUACUUCACUCUGCCCUGAUGAGGGUGCACCUGGCAAGGACAGACAAUGAAAGACACUUUAAUGUACAAUCUUUGUUUUUCUGGAGUUGUAAUUGUACACAAACUGUAUAAAACAAGCCCUUUAAUAAAGUAAACACAGGCUUA